UGCGCGAGUUGCUUGCAAAUUAACUCUGUUUUUCCUUUUUUUUGUCUUAAGACACAAGUUAAUAACAUCUUAAGUUUUCGUAAUUUCAGCGUACUGAUUUAUUAAACAAAAUAUAGUCAAGUAAAGUGAAGUAAAUAAAAUAAAUCGCACACGUGUACGUUCACAGUUAGUCAAUCUAUGUAUGUAAAUACAGAAGCUCCGAAUAAGUGAUCAGAAAUAAACACAUACAUAUGUACAUACUUACAUAUGUACAUACAUAUGUAUGUAAGUAUCUCUUGUCUUUUCCAUACACAGGCCGAAAAUCAGAGAGUGUGAGAGCGAUUCACCCUCGACGUCUUCAAUCACAAGGUCAUUCGAUUUAUUUUACAAUAAAGGGGAAACCCCUUCAAAAACAAACUGUACCCAGUCCUCAUUUGGUUAGCUACAAUGUCUCAGUCCAUACUGAAUUUAAUGUUGUCGAAUCUGGAUGAUUCUUCGGAAAAGUCAGAGCAUUCAGAAACCAAAUCGAUAUUCGAUGGAUUCGAGUUAGUAAAUAAUCAAUGCGACGGAAACUGUAACAAGAAGAUGAAAUCCAUAUUGCAACAUGCAGCUAAUCUGAUCCAACUAAAAGAUCGCCAAAUUGAUAAUCUUAUCAUGGCCUUAAAUAGAAGCCCUGAAAUAAAAAAUUCCCAUGAAACUAAAAAUGAUGACAUGGAAGAUGGAGAAAAACCCAAAGCUGAUGAAGAUGUAAACAUCGCGGACGUUGUGUUAAAAUACGAAGACAAACUCAAGGAAGCAAAUACUCUUCUAGAGGAGUCCUUUUCAUUGGUAAAAAGCCUUGAAAUUCAAAAAGAGCAAUUGGAGACACAAUUGGCUGAAAAAAUCACUGAGAAUGAUAUUUUCAUCAAGAAUUACGAGGCAAAACAAGCCAAAGAAACUGGACAUCAAGAGGGACAAGACCAGGGCAACAAUAAAAUCGCCAACCAAGUAGAAAUAAUUUUCUCCAAUAGAUCAGCGGAAAUUGUACAAGUUUCUAACGACAUAGCAGGUACUGGUUGGAUGAUCAUAUCACGUCAUGAAAUGGUUAAUGAGCAAUUAACACCAACACUUGAGGUUAAUAUUGACAUCGUGAGUGACAUAGUCAAUGGUCAGCAACAUGAACUUUAUAUUCAUAGGCUUCAUAAGGAUGGAAGUUCUUCAUUUGCUCACUAUGACAACUUCAUUCUUUACAAGGAGGAUUUUAGUAAACUGAAAUUUAGUGAUUUAAGCAGGCCUGUUCAAAUUUAUAAGAUAGCUGGGAUGGAUUCUCUUAGAAGCUCAAUACCUAUUCGAGGGGAUUUCACAGUCCUAUCUUACUCACGAUUUAUUGAAAAAUUUACCCCUAAUUGCAUAUUUGUUCAAUUUAUGGUAAGAGAGAAACAAUCAUAAAUCUAAAUGCUUCCAACAAUUUUGUAUUCCAAGGCCAUGAAGUUGUGAAAAAUAAAAAGUAUAUGUUUUAUUAUUAAUGAUUAUAUAGUUAGAGGGCCUGACAACCUGGGGCCGGGCCGAUGUUUGUAUACCCAUGACAUGGCUAUAUCGACUCGGCUUCUCAUAACGAUCAAGAAACGUCUCCUGUACGUUACAAAAAUCUGACAAAUUUUACAAUUCCCUCUGCAAGGGUAUAAAAAUCAUUCCUAAAUUUUAUUUAUGUGUAGCGAAGCAAACUGGGCAUCUAGUAUAGUAUAUAUAGUCGCCCGAUGUUUAUGAAAUUUGGUACCCUAAGUAUAUGGCAAUUAUGAUCUGUUCGCAAAACAGUUUUCCUCUGAAAAUAUAUUGUUCUUAUCCUACAUGGAAAUUUUUUAUACAAGAUAUAAUAGGGAAAUCUUUUUUAAAAUUAACUGAUUACAAUUACAUAUAUUAACAAAAGGUAGACUUUGAGGAUCGGGCAUUAAAUGAUUAAUCGGGCCUUCACUACGUAUAAGUAUUUUAUAAACCUGCAUCAUUGUGCCAGCUAUUUUGGACAUAUAACUUGAGUUACUUACUGAGUAAAUUGAACAGUCGAUCAGGUUCACAGAAAAUGAUUUAGUUUCUAGCUAAAAUGGAUCAAACCCAGUACUAAUUUGGUAGAGUUCACGGGGGUGUUUGCAAAGGAUUGGCAGGUCCAAAAACGUUUAAUUAAGCCUUAAAAUUUUGUUGUGGAGACAAUAGAAGUUCAGAGUUUCAAUCAUAUUUAUGGGUGUUUUGACAUCGUUUUU